GAAAUGGUUCGAUGAUGAAAUACAUAUGUAACCACCGCUGCUAGAAUUCGGGGAUAAAUUCCAUUUUGAACACGAGAUAUACGGUUGAAUCUUGACCUUGCACUUGAAAGCUUGUAAUUAUUUUGUCAUUUCACUCCAGAAUCAGUACCUCAGAAUGGAACCAUUGUGUAUUGAUGAAGAACAGCGACAGAAGACUAACAGGGGGUGUGUAACAGCUGCGCACUGGAAGAUCGCUUGUUUGCUCACCAUGGCUGUCUUGCUGGUCCUGUUAUUGAUAUUUAUCACGCUGUAUGUUUCAGGACAAAGGCUAUGCGGGGCACAGAAAGAAAAACUGGAAUCAAUAAACGAAGCCAUCGAAGCUUUUUCCAAACGCCUUGACUGGAAAGACAAACAAAUUGGAGAGGAUCUCGUAAAUUUGAAUGUUACGAACACAUCUCAAAGGACAACGGUCUUGGAAAUUCAAGAAAAGAUGGACUCAAUGUACAAAGCUUUUGAAACAUUGCCCAAACGUCUUGACUCACUGGACGUAAAUAUUGGAAGAAAACUGGAUUUAGUAAAUGUCCAUAUCAAGAACGCAUCUCAGAGGACAACUGCUUUAGAAAUGCAAGAUAACCAGGACUCAAUGUUCAAAGCUGUUGAAGCUUUGUCCAAACGCUUCGAUUCCCUGGGCAAAAAUAUGGAAAGAAAACUGGAUUUAGUAAACGUGAAUGUUAUGAACAUGUCUGGAAGGACGAGUGGUUUGGAAAGGAAAGGAAGACUGGCACUAAUUAACAAAACAAUCGAGGCGUGGUACACAAGUCCUCACUCGUUUAACAAAAGUGUCGUAAGGAAACUGGAUGUCGUGAUUAAGUCAAUCGAAGAGCUCUCUUUGCAAUUUAAGAACACGUCUGAAACGAUAAAGGCAUUGGCUAUGCAAGUUGCAGGAUACGCUCUACAAUUUCCGCAGAGAGGAACCAGUGAUUACGUCAUCGUCACACGUGGCAUGCCAAACCUGUCAGCUGUAACGGUUUGUCUGUGGAUGAAAACCGCUGAUACUAGAAAUGAAGGAACACUCCUGAGCUAUGCUGUAUCUGGAGAAAGCAACGAUGGUUAUACUAAUGUAUCCGCCAAUGAUGGAGAGUGGCAUCAUAUCUGCCUCACAUGGGAGAAUACCGCUGGAUCAUGGAAAUUGUUUCGAGAUGGUUCGGUUGUCGCUUCUGACAAAAGUCUCCAAACAGGUCACAUGAUUCGUGCAAAUGGAGUCCUGGUAUUAGGGCAAGAGCAAGACUCGGGAGGAAGGUUUGAUGUCAAUCAAUGUUUUAUCGGUGAAAUGACAGGUGUCAACAUCUGGGAUCACGUUCUCAAAGAUCAAGAAAUUGCACACAUGUCAAAGUCGUGCUUGACAGGAGUGGGCAACGUGUUGCAGUGGCGUAAAUUCAAAGCUCACAUCGUGGGCUCAGUGAGGAUAAUUAAGCCAUCGUGCUGA